AUGGCUGACAAACACACAUCAGGAGACGGCUGGAGCGACUCCAUUGAAUCUCUGCUGAAACCCAAGAUUUGUACAAAAAGCAAAUUUAAGGAAGAGGAGCCUGUGAACACCAUCCUGUGGCCAAGACUUCUGGCCCGAAAAUGGACGCUGAUGCUGUUUGUUGGCACCUGCCUCCUGUACUGUGCCAGGAUGGCCAUGCCGAUCUGUGCCGUCUCGAUGGCCACCGCUUUCAAAUGGAGCAAGAUCGACUCGGGACUGGUCCUGGGUGGAUUCUUCUGGGGCUACUGCUUCACACAGAUCCUGGGGGGACAUGCCAGUGACAAAGUGGGAGGAGAGCGCGUCCUGUUCAUCUCGACAGGCCUGUGGGCUCUGAUCACUGCCCUCACUCCUCUUCUGGCUCAGCUCAGCUCUCACACCCUCGCCCUCAUGACCCUGGCCCGAUUCCUCAUGGGGGUCCUUCAGGGUGUGUUCUUUCCGUCUCUGGCCAGCAUUUGCUCACAGCGCAUCGUGGAGGCGGACCGAGGCUUUGUAAUGAGCACUAUGCACAGCGGUAGUUAUCUUGGGACGUUGCUGGCAGGUGGAAUGGGAUCCAUCAUGCUGGACCAGUACGGCUGGCCGAGCAUGUUCUACAGUAUAGGUUUCCUGGCCUCACUGUGGGCUUUUCUCGUUUGGCAGUGGUUUUUAAAAGGUGAAGUUAUUCCCACGCCCCAGGAAGCCCAGUACAGACAGAGUCUGCAGACAAAAUGGAACCUGUCCCACAUGCUGCAUCUGUUUAAGAAGCCUCCUGUCUGGUCCAUGUUCUUCGCUCACAUGUGCGCAGCCAGCACAUCCAACACGUUAUUGUCGUGGCUGCCAACAUACUUCAAGGAAUCCUUUCCAGAUUCCCCAGACUGGGCGUACAAUGUACUUCCGUGGCUUUUUGCAAUUCCCUCAGCUUUUGGUGGAGCAUACAUUUCAGACUCUCUCAUCAAUCACGGUUAUAGUAAAUCAUCUGUGAGAAAGAUAAUGCAGUUCUGUGCCAUGGGCGGUUCCAGUUUGUUUAUUAUGCUCCUGACGGGAGGAGCGUUUACCUCAUUCACCUCUGCAUUGAUCUUUGUCUCUGUGGCCGUGGGUUUAUCCACCUUCACCAGCUGCGGAGUGUCUGUGAACGUACAGGACCUCACUCCCUCAUGUGCUGGUGCUUUCUUUGGUUUUAUGAAUAUGUUGGGUGCUUUUAUGGGGCUGGUGCUGGUCUCCUUGUCGGGCUACCUGAUCGAGGUCACCCUGACGUGGGCCUCCGUGUUCUCCCUCAUCAGUUUUGUGAACAGCACGGGUCUUGUGGUCUUCCUCCUAUUCGGAGAUGCUCGACGUGUUGACCUGGAAUAUUGCAGCCGGAUUUCUGUGAUUUAA